AUGGCCUGUGGAAAUGUGACGAGGCCACCUUGUCUGAUUCAAGAAGAUCUCCUCGAGAAAGUUCAACAUGGCCGAUUCUCAUGGUCGCCGAAGAAUUAUUCAUUCUUCUGGGGACGCAGUCUUGACGAGGGUAUCAAAUACCGUCUCGGUACCCUAUUUCCUGAACAAUCCGUGCAGAACAUGAACGAGAUCGUCAUCAAGCCACGUGAAUUGCCGGAGCAUUUUGAUGCACGAGAAAGGUGGCCAGGACUAAUUCACGAGGUCCGAGAUCAAGGUGAUUGCGGAAGCAGUUGGGCAGUUUCCACCACAACGAUCUCGUCCGACAGGCUGGCUAUCAUCACUGAUGGCCGAAUCAAUGUGACUGUUUCUCCGCAGCAGCUUCUCUCAUGCAAUCAACAUCGACAGCGAGGUUGCGAAGGCGGAUACCUAGACAGAGCUUGGUGGUAUAUCCGAAAACUUGGAGUGGUGGACGAGACCUGCUAUCCGUACGAGUCGGGCCACACGCGUGAGCCGGGCGAUUGCCGUAUUCCCGAAACGAAGUUAUACGGCAACCAUCUGACGUGUCCGGCUGAUCCUGAACUUGACAGUGCCGCAUACAAAAUGACACCACCAUAUCGAGUUUCCAGUCGGGUAGAAGACAUCAUGGCUGAGAUCAUCACAAAUGGUCCUGUCCAAGCAACUUUCCUGGUGCAUGAGGACUUUUUCAUGUACGCCGGUGGCGUCUAUCAACACACAGAACUUGCUGCUCAGAAAGGUUGCCGGCUUCACUGGACAGGGAUAUCACUCUGUUCGCGUACUCGG